GGACUGGGGACAAGGAUGGAGGGACAGGACCCAGGGAAUGGCUCCACUGCCAGAGGGCAGGGAUGGGUGGGAGAUUGGGAACUGGGAAUUCCUGCCUGGGCUGGGAUUGCCAGAGCAGCUGGGGCUGCCCCUGGAUCCCUGGCAGUGUCCCGGCCGGGGCUACUCGGGGCCGGUGUCGCUCCACGGCACGGCGCCACCGGGCGCUGUUCGUUCCCCGGUUCCCGCGGCACGGGCCCUGUUCCUUUCCCUGCUCCCGCGGCACGGGCGCCGUUCGUUCCCGGUCCCCGCGGCACCGGGCCCUGUUCCUCUCCCGGUUCCCGCGGCCCCCGGGCGCUGUUCGUUCCCGGUCCCCGCGGCACCGGCCGCUGUUCCUUUCCCUGCUCCCGCGGCACCGGCGCCGUUCGUUCCCCGCUCCCGCGGGGGCGCUCGGGACGCGGCCAUGCCGGAGCAGGGCGGCGGCGGCUCCGAGCGCGCCGCGCUGGCCCUGGCCCGGCUCUCCGAGUGGGCGGACGCGCACCUGGGGCUGCUGCGGGUACCGGGGCUGGGCGGGCACGGGGCUGGGCGGGCACCGGGCCGGGGGGAGCCCCGCUGGGCCCGGCUGAGCCCCGUUCUCCUCCGCAGGGCCUGAUCGCCGGCGCGGCCGUGGCCGGGGUGCUGCUGCUGGCGCGGAGCCUCCGCCUGACAACAAAAUUCACAAAUCCUUUGGAUAUACCUGUGGAGUUUGUAAAAAAGAAUGUGAAAUUGAGAGGGAAAUUACAUCAAGUCACAGAGAAGGGCCUGGAAGUUGAGCACAUUCCCAUCAGCAUUCCUUUCAUCUCAGCCAUCCAGAGAAAAUGGCAGCCGGAGGGGCUCCUGCUGAUCCGCCUGGCCGGGGUGGAGCUGGCUGCAGGUGGCACGGCCUGGCUGCAGCGGGAGCUGCUCCCCAAACAGCCCCUGUGGUUCCAGCUCCUGGGCAGGGACAGCUCGGCCCUGGAGUGCCUCGUCCUGGUCCAUAAGGGUGGAUUUUUCAGCAUGUGCUUGAACGAAGAGCUCUUGAGCCAAGGGCUGGCCAGAGCAGCCCGGAUUGAGGGGCUGUCUCACCACUCCCGCCUCUACUUGAAGCUGCACAAAAGGCUCCUCCGGGCUGAGUUAAAGGCUGUGAAGAAAAAUAUAGGCAUAUGGAAAGAGCAGAGCUACUCUGAAAGAGUCCAGGAGCGCAUCAGCAGCAAUAAAUUCGUGCAGAGGCUGAAACAGUUUGUGGGCUGGGUUAGAAGCUCUACUGGGAGGUGAAAAGGCGGGGAAUGCAGCUCUCCAAGCUGGGAUUGAUGUAUGUUUGUGAUCACAAACAGUGCUGUGAUGUUGAGGGUCCCUGUCUCGAACACAAACCCCACAGUUCAUGGGUUACACAGAAUACAAACCCACAGUUCAUGGGUUACACAGAAUAUAAACCCACAGUUCAUGGUUAUUUAGAAUGCAUCCCAUUUCAAAACCCACACGGGACUGAAGUUUAGUAGCAGCGUGCAGGCCACCAGUGAAAAUGUUCUGAUGCCAAACUUCUCCACAGUGAUGUCCUGAAUUAGCUGUCCAGUUCCCACCUGCUGAACUCCAGGCUGUGCUGCCCAGUGCAGGUUUGAGGGGCAGGUUUGAGUUUCCCUUCACACCUCUGUAGUGUGCCAUUGCUGCCGAGCCCACACUGAGCACAAACCCAUGGCAGGCCUUUACAGAGCUCCUGGGAUGGGUUUAAACACAACAUUUUGGUUUGAACUCUGUUCUUAUGCUACUUUUUGGUAAUUUGUGGUUUAAAACUCAUUCAUCUUGAAUGAUGGGUUGCAUUGUUGGUGAUGUAAAAGGUGUUUUGUUAUGGUUGAUCUUAAAAAGCUGAUAAGGUUGUAAUAACUAAAGUUCCUCAGGGGAAAAACAUCACUUGGUGUAUCAAAGAAUAUAAUGUCAGGAAUCCAGAUAUUUCAAAGACAACUUUCAUUUGAAGAGAAAAAACCUGUGUUGGUUUUUUUUUUUCUGAUGGUUCUGUAUCUAAAAUUAGAUUCCUAUAAAGCUUUAACAUGAAGUUUGACAAGGAGGAUCAGAAUGUGCUAAGAACUUGAAUUCUUGCUUUAUUUUUGAUACACAUGUGAAGUACAUGAGUACAUUGCUAUUUAUGUUGUAAAUAUUUUCAGAAUAAAGAUUGAAUUUCUCAA